AUGAGUUAUUUGACUCUAUAUCGAAAAAUACCGACAUUCCUUAAGACCGUCCCUCUUCUUUCACAAUGCUGUUACAGUACAAAGAGUAAUAAACGUGACAUUACCUUCAGAUUUGAAGAAGCGAUCAAAUAUCUUCGAGCUUUGACUCUCGGAAGAGAAUACGCCAAUUUCUCAAUUACCGUGAACCUGGAUACCGUUAAAGGAUCUGUUCCUGUACGAGGAUACGUCCGUUUACCAUUUCCCGAAAAAAAACAAUCUCGAAUUUGUGUUAUUGCCGAAGGACAAGCUGCACAGCAGGCUCGACAAUCUGGAGCAGAUGUUGUCGGCGGAAAAGACAUUAUAGAUUUAAUGAAGAAGAGAGUGUUUGAUUAUAACAUCUGUCUUGCUCACACGGAUAGUCUUAACUUACUAAAAGAUGUCGCCCGUAUCCUUGGUCCACGGAACUUGAUGCCUUCAGUUAAACAUGGAACUGCGUCUAACGACAUUAUUUCUCUCGUAAAGACUUUCAAGGGAACAACACCUUUUCGUGAACGAAAGGGCAUGAUCAGUCAAGUGAUCGGUCCACAGAGUUAUUCAGAUGAAAAGCUCGCAGCGAACUUAAAAGCUAUCCUUGCUGGCAUACGAAAGUGUAUAUCUAAAAUGGAGCAAAAACGAAAACCAAGAAUCAAGCAUGUCUACCUGCACGGUACACAUACUAUCGGCAUAAAACUGGGACGUGUUUGA